UGGCGCCGCCGCGGGUCUCUUCUCUGCCGGAUGCGAGGGUUUGAAUGCCUUGGGGGGUGUUGUAGUUGAUCUCAGUGAGAAGAAGCAGAACGACGAGGCAUGGAGCAAGAACAGGCAGGGCUUGAAAGCUUUCUGAAAUGGGCAGCGGAGCUUGGAAUCUCAGAUUCCCACCAUUCUCACAGCUCUUCCUCCUGUUUAGGCCACUCUCUCACCGUCUCUCACUUUCCUCUCGCAGGCGGACGAGGGUUGGGUGCGGCUCGUGAUCUCAGAAAGGGAGAAUUGAUUCUCAGAGUCCCGAAAUCUGCCUUAAUGACCACAAGAAAUCUUUUGGAAGAUCAAAAUCUAUGUCAUUUUCUUCGUAGCCAUCCUUCUCUCUCCGCUACUCAGAUGCUUACUGUAUGUUUGUUAUAUGAAAUUGGUAAAGGAAAGGGUUCGUGGUGGUACCCUUAUCUGGUGCACUUGCCUCAGAGUUACGACAUACUGGCAACUUUUGGUGAAUUUCAGAGGCAAGCACUACAAGUGGAUGAGGCAAUCUGGGUUGCUGAGAAGGCUUUGCGUAAAGCGGAAUCAGAGUGGAAAGAAGCUUGUAAACUGAUGAAAGAGUUGAAGCUUAAGCCAAAACUUCUCUCUCUUAUCGCAUGGCUUUGGGCUUCUGCAACUAUAUCUUCACGGACGUUGCAUAUACCAUGGGAUGAAGCUGGGUGUCUAUGCCCAGUGGGAGACUUAUUCAAUUAUGCUGCACCAGGAGGGGAGUCAAAUGGCUUUGAAAAUAUAGAGAGUAGCAUGCAUACAUCUUCAUUUGAGGUGUGCUCGUUGCCUAAUGGGGAUACUUUUGAUAACGUGGUUCCAGAUCAUUUGGAAGCUUGCUAUCAGAGACUAACAGAUGGUGGAUUUGAGGAAGACCUUGCUGCAUAUUGUUUCUAUGCAAAAAGGAAUUAUAGAAAAGGAGAACAGGUUCUUUUGAGCUAUGGAACAUAUACAAACCUGGAGCUUCUUGAACACUAUGGAUUUCUUUUGAACGAUAAUCCGAAUGACAAGGCUUUUAUUCACUUGGAGCCUGGUGUGUACUCAUCUAUUUCAUGGCCCAGGGAAUCCCUGUACAUCCACCAAAAUGGUAAGCCCUCCUUUGCGCUACUGUCAGCUUUACGGUUAUGGGCAACUCCAGUAAGUCAGCGGAAAUCCAUAGGACAUCUUGUUUAUUCAGGAGAGCAAAUCUCAGUGGAUAAUGAGGUUUCUGUAAUGAAAUAUAUAUUAGAGAAAUGUAUUAUAAUUCUGAAGAAUCUGCCGACAUCAAUUGAAGAAGACAGCUUGUUACUCUCAAGAAUUGAUGUAGUCCUAGACUUUACUAAUCAUAUUGAGAUGGUAAAGUUGGACAUGUUUGGAGGUGAGUUGCGUGCUUUCCUGGAGGCCAAUAGCCUGCAGAAUGGAAAAGACGACUCGAAGGUUGUUCUAUCUGGAAAAUCUAGAAUGUCAUUGAACAAGUGGAAAUUAGCAGUGCGAUGGAGGCUUAGGUAUAAGAAUAUUCUUUCCGACUGCAUUUCAUAUUGUACAGAAGUAAUCAAUUCUUUCUCUUGUCAAAGUGUUUCAACUACUUGAACUGAUUUAAGUUUUGAUCUCCGGGUAAUUUAUAAAA